UCGACUUUUUAUACAGACAUUUUAGAUUAAAAUAUUCAAGUACCAGUGGUGUCUUUCUUAUAAAAGGAGUCACAGUGUGACAUUUUAAAAAAACACUAAGGUUGGAGUCAGAGUUGUACAUUACAAAUUUGCUGGAGGCUGAGUCAGGCUUUUUGUUUACCAACUUCACCACACUGGCUGACAUAUAUACUUAUUAAGGAUAUCAGAACAAUUCAUUAAUCUAGACAUUUUUAGCCUUUACUAGGUCAUCCUCAGCUACCAAAAAAUAUAAUACAUUUGAAUCCUAGAAUAGAAUAACAUGAAUAGAUUUUUAAAAUUAACCAGUCAUAAAGCAUAAUUUAUCAGUUGUUAUGAUACACCAUUAAAAUGAUUAAUAAAAUGUAACAUUAACUGUUUUUUAGUGUUAUUUGGCUAUAUAUUAAUUGAAAGAGUUUCAGUUUGUUUGACUUAGUUAACUUUUAGAAUUAAUUUCUGUUUUUGUUUUAUUACUACUUCAGGAUGAGACCAAAACAUGUUUCUAACUGUCCAAUUCAUUACUUUAUGCUGAUUUAAGACUUUCUCAACAAAUCUAUCAAAUAAAAGAAGAAUGAAUUUGAACAUAACAACUAUUGGUAGGUUAAAAGUUUUAUAACAGCCAAUGAGAUUGCUAUGUGACAGGUCUAUAGUAUUUUUACUGUUAAUCUGAAAUUCUGCCAGUUGAAGUUAGUUGGCCUUUGGAAUGAUAAAUUGCCACACUGGGACCCAGAUACAAAAUUGAAAGAAGCCAUUGGGGGAGAGGAGCCUCACGAUACCAUAGAACAGAUAGACACAAAUCACCUACAAACAGCCUGGAAAACAUUUGUUGUACUGAUGAUUGUGGUGUAAAAUGCUAAAUUUUAAAUAAGCUCAAUGUAUUUUAAUUGAAUAAAACUGUUGAUUUUUUGACAGGUUUAUGCUAGUCUUGAAAAUGGACAGCGCAUGUAUUUUACAAUGGAAAAUGUACAUGCAAGAGCAUUAUCGCCACCAAAAACAAUGUUAACUGCAUUCUUCUCAUUGUGCACGGAUGAUUUGUUUGCAAAAACGCUACUUUACUCAGAAGUGCCAAAAUACUACACAUGGAAUGCAUCAGCGAAAAAGUUUCAACGUCGUAAACAGGGGAAACCAGUUGAAGGACAUCCGAAUUUAUAUUCGUCCGACAUGUUAGGCCGUCUUUAUGCAGUUCAUCCAAACAAUCAAGAAUGUUUUUACUUGCGAUUACUGUUACUCAACGUACGUGGACCAAAAUCCUUCCAAGAACUGAGAAGAGUGAAUGGUGAAGUAUGUGCGACCUAUCGAGAAGCUUGCCAAGAAUUAAAUCUUCUUGAAAACGAUGCACAGUGGGACACAACACUCGCUGAUGCAUCGAAUACUGCUCAACCACAGCAAAUAUGCACGUUAUUUGCGAUAAUAUUGACGACGUGUUUCCCAUCCAAUCCGAAAGAUCUUUGGGAAAAAUACAAAGAUUACAUGAGUGAAGACAUCCUACGUCGUUUGCAAGCAACGAAUCAGAAUCCAGACAUGCAAUUCACACCACACGUGUAUAAUGAGGCGUUUGUUUCGAUCGAGGAUAUAUGUUUGACAAUCGUUAACAAAGGAUUGGGGCAGUUGGGAAUGUGUGCACCGAAUCCAUCUGCAAAUGACGCAUAUGAUCGUGAUUUGCAACGUGAAACACACUUCAAUGUCGAUGAUUUGGGUACAUUUCUUGAAACGAAUCUUCCAAAAUUGGUUUCAGAACAACGCAUUGUAUAUGACACAAUAAUGCAAGCAAUUACAAAUCAAAGGGGUGAAUUGUACUUCAUAGAUGCAUCCGGAGGUACAGGCAAAACUUUUCUCAUUUCACUAAUUUUGGCAACCGUUCGAUCACGGAAUAAAAUUGCACUGGCAAUUGCAUCAUAUGGAAUUGCGGCAACACUUUUGGAUGGUGGUCGAACAGCGCAUUCAGCACUGAAAUUGCCAUUGAAUUUGCAAACCACUGAGACGCCAACAUGCAAUAUCACCAAAAAUUCCGGAAUGGGCAAAGUUCUCCAAACAUGUAAACUUAUCAUAUGGGACGAAUGCACAAUGGCUCACAAAAAAGCAUUGGAAGCGCUUGAUCGUACACUGAAAGAUUUGAGGGGAAAUGAACAGCCCUUCAGUGGAGCACUCAUUUUAUUGUCUGGUGAUUUUCGACAAACUCUGCCAGUUAACCACGUUUAACACCUGCUGAUGAACUUAAUGCAUGUCUGAAAUCAUCAGUUCUAUGGUGACAUGUAAAGAAAUUGACUUUGAAAACCAAUAUGCGUGUUGAAUUACAAAAUGAUGUAUCCGCUGAACGUUUCACAAAACAAUUGCUGGAUAUUGGGAAUGGGAAGAUGGCAAUAGACAGAUCUACACAAUGUAUCACAUUGCCAACAAAUUUUUGUAAGAUGACAUCAACCAAAGGUGAAUUGAUUCAAAAGGUUUUCCCAAAUAUCGUGCGGAAUUACAAAAAUCAUCAGUGGCUCAGUGCACGUGCUAUAUUAGCAGCUAAGAACAAAGAUGUCAAUGACAUCAAUUUCAGCAUUCAAAACAGAAUACCAGGCUAAGCAACAACGUAUAAGUCCAUCGAUACUGUUAUGAAUCAAGACGAAGUUGUCAGUUACCCAACGGAAUUCUUGAAUUCACUAGAUUUGCAAGAA